AUGCAUGACGACUCGCGGCUCCGUGGCCUCGAUGCACACGAGACCCUUGCGAUCCGAUAUGAUCUGGCAGAGGUCGACAAGCUUGUCGAGGCCGGUGACGCACUUAUCAACUUGCUAAGGGCAUGCGCAAGCAUUGGGUGGGGCCGUUGGUCUUCAAAGGGCAUCCUCACUCCCGAGGUUAUGGAUAUCUUAAUUGACGAGGGUAUCAACGAGACCAUUCCCCAGAAGUCCCCCGCGCUCGAGCGCAUAAUGCAGUCGCCCGAAGUCAAGUCCCCGCAGGCGUCGAACGAGUUCGCCGUACCCGUGGACGGCGGCAUCCGCUCCGAUGGGGACAUCUUCCCCGCGAUCGCUCCUCGGGGCGCAUACCGUCUUAUGUGA